CUCAUGAGUCAUGGCCUUCUAAUUCUUUCACGAAAGCUCGACGUUCUUUGGGUUCUCUUGCAUUUCACGCUGACCCAAUUGGCCAAGCCAGUUCUUUGAAAUGAAUUUUCACACUCUGUUGCGUACCCAUUUUGUGUUUCACUAGCAAUGUGUGAAAUCUUGAAGCAAAAGCACAAGGGACAAAACCCACCUCUAUUAUGUCACCGCGUUGAAGACUCCGCUGACAAGAAUAGUUCGUUUUCGCUUCCCCUUUCUUCAUGUCUUGCGGUUUGGUUUAACGUUUUCUUGUUAACUGGUUUGCUGGGGUAGAUGGCCAAAGCUGUAGGCUGAGUUUUCAAUAUUUUGGUUUACAUGUUUGAAUAGAUAUUGGCGAUUGAACAGAGAAGUCUAAAACCCAUUGGUUGAAUCCUUUUGGAUAUUCUUUUAUGUUCUGAAAUUUCGAUUUUUUGGAUCAGUUUGUGGCUUGAAAUUGGAAGAGUGGAAUUGGUUUUGAAUUUGGUGAAAACCCACCUAUAAAGUUAUUAUUUUAAUAGUAUUUUAGGCGGUGAUGUGCUGGUUUCAGUUGUAUGGUUUCUGGGGUGCAAAACCCAUAUAAUAAUCAGAAGUGGGUUGUUUCUGAAUUUGUAGAAAUUGAUUGAGAGUCAGAGGUUUGGAGGCUGGUAAUUUGAGUUUGUAGCUUGAAAGAAAUUUCCAGAAAGGUUGUGUUUGUUUUUGAGCAUUAGUUGCUUUUCUCUAGCAUUUGUCUCUGAAAUCCUUGAGCUAAGUGUUAUUGGUCGAAGAAGAUGGUUGGGGCAACUGAAGUAAUGCCUAAUGCGGAUGCCAAUGGGUCAAUUCUGAAAUCAAAUGGUGCUUUAGAGGAGAAGGUCGAUGAGCUUCGUCGCCUUCUGGGAAAAGCUGAGAGUGAUCCGCUGAGGAUUGUUGCUGUUGGGGCAGGUGCAUGGGGUAGUGUUUUUGCAGCUAUGUUGCAAGACAGUUAUGGUCAUUUAAGAGAGAAGGUCCAAAUUAGGAUAUGGAGAAGAGCUGGUAGAUCUGUUGACAGAGCUACAGCUGAACACCUAUUCGAGGUCAUCAAUUCUAGGGAGGAUGUGUUGAGAAGACUGAUUAGGCGGUGUGCAUACUUGAAAUAUGUGGAGGCAAGAUUAGGUGAUCGAACACUUCAUGCUGAUGAGAUUUUGAAAGACGGAUUUUGCUUGAACAUGAUUGAUACUCCUCUCUGCCCUUUGAAGGUUGUCACUAACUUGCAGGAGGCUGUGUGGGAUGCCGAUAUUGUAAUCAAUGGCUUGCCCUCAACAGAAACCCGUGAGGUAUUUGAAGAAAUCAGUAGGUAUUGGAAAGAGAGAAUAACAGAACCUGUCAUCAUUUCUUUAGCAAAGGGUGUAGAGGCUGAAUUGGAGCCUGAACCACGCAUAGUAACUCCCACUCAAAUGAUCAAUCGAGCAACUGGUGUUCCAAUGGAGAACAUUCUUUAUCUUGGAGGACCUAAUAUAGCCUCAGAGAUCUACAACAUGGAAUAUGCUAAUGCUCGAAUAUGUGGAGCUGAAAAGUGGAGGAAACCAUUGGCAAAGUUUUUGAGGCAGCCCCACUUUGUAGUGUGGGACAAUGGUGACCUUGUUACUCAUGAAGUCAUGGGAGGCUUAAAGAAUGUCUAUGCUAUUGGGGCUGGAAUGAUAGCAGCUCUAACCAACGAGAGUGCCACCAGCAAAUCAGUAUACUUUGCUCACUGUACAUCUGAGAUGAUAUUUAUCACUCAUCUCUUAGCAGAAGAACCAGAGAAACUUGCAGGGCCUUUGUUGGCUGACACUUAUGUAACCCUGUUGAAAGGUCGUAAUUCAUGGUAUGGACAAAAGUUGGCCAAAGGGGAAUUGAGCCUUGAAAUGGGUGAUAGCAUCAAGGGCAAAGGGAUGAUUCAGGGGGUCUCUGCUGUUAAAGCAUUUUAUGAGCUGCUCUGUCAGUCCAGCUUAAGUACACUACAUCCUGAAGAAAAUAAGCCUGUUGCUCCAGUUGAGCUCUGCCCCAUCUUGAAGAUGUUAUAUAAAAUACUUAUAACAAGGGAGCGUUCAUGUCAGGCGAUUCUUCAAGCAUUAAGGGAUGAGACAAUGAAUGAUCCCCGAGAUCGAAUCGAGAUUGCACAAACCCAUGCUGUUUACAGACCUUCUCUUCUUGGUCAUCAGCCUUGAUAACAAAUUGCUUUUGGUGUAAUUUUGUCACUUGUCAGUGGAUGUAAAAGUUUCAGUAAGCUAGUUAGCAACUUCUAUAGUUUUUUUUUUU